ACAUAAAGUCUCUGUUUACCGAUUGACAAGCAGCAGAAGUUCCAGCAGAGUUCGGUGACUCAGGAUGUUGAUUAAAACAGCAUGAAACAUUGCGAGGAUCUAUUUUUGAUAAUUUUGUGUCAGCAGGGCUCAAUCACUUUGGCUUGACAUUUGAUCUGCAAUCCGAUGGAGAAUGAGAGACCUUCAAAAGAAAAAGCUGGAUUCUUCAGAGCCGUCGCCUUCUUCACAGGGGACAUGCAGGCUUGUGGAGCUUGGGUUAACAGGCAGUCUCUGGUUAUACAGCUGCUGGACUGGAUCCUCCGUGGUGUCGCCCAGGUGAUGUUUGUCAACAACCCCUUCAGUGGACUCCUCAUCGCUGUGGGGCUCUUCCUGCAGAACCCUUGGUGGGCUCUGAAUGGACUUGUUGGAACUUUGGUCGCUACUGUGUCUGCGCUCCUGUUUGGAUACAAAAGGGAUGCCAUGUCUGCUGGUCUGCAAGGCUACAAUGGAACACUCGUGGGAAUGUUGAUGGCCGUUUUCUCAGCUAAAGAAGCCUGGUACUGGUGGCUCCUCCUGCCAAAUACGUUCAUGUCCAUGCUGUGUCCUCUGGUGUCUGGUGCCUUUUCCUCUGUGACCAGUAAAUGGGAUCUUCCAGUCUUCACGCUGCCCUUCAAUGUGUUGCUUUGCCUAUACAUGGCAGCCACUGGAGCCAGCCACCCUUUCUUCCCAGAGGUCGCAAUACAGCCAGAGCGCCACAUGCAGCCCUCGAAUGUCUCCAUCAUGAGCCUUGAUUUCCACAAGGUAGGAAAUGAACCAACAAUUAUUUUACCACUAACAAACGUAUGCUCUCUGUCAGCUCGCCAUAGCCGUUCCGGUGGGAGUAGGUCAGGUGUACGGCUGUGGCAGUCCCUGGACAGGAGGUCUGAUCCUGCUGGCCUUACUGGUCUGCUCACCUGUCAUCUGUCUUCAUGCUGUCAUUGGCUCAGCUGCCGGGAUUCUGUCUGGUCUCGCUCUGGCUGCCCCCCAUGGGGACAUCUACUCGGGACUGUGGGGGUACAACAGUGUUCUUUCCUGCAUUGCCAUCGGUGGAGUCUUCUAUGUCCUCACAUGGCAAACACAUCUGCUGGCACUAAUAUGUGCCUUCUUCUGUGCUUAUAUGGCCUCCGCCAUCUCCAAUAUGAUGUCAGUGUUUGGAUUACCAGCCUGCACGUGGCCUUUCUGCCUGUCCACUCUCAUCUUCCUCCUCAUUUCCUCCGAGACGGCAGCCGUCUGCAGGCUGCCGUUGUCAGUCGUCUCCUUCCCCGAAAAGAAUCAACGCUACAGGAGACAACAAUUACAGGCCUCAGAGGAAGAGAAGCAGCAGUCAAGUCAUGUUCCGGAUGAUGAACAAUGUCCGGUGCGGAGCUGCUGGGAUUAGGGAGGACUGCAGGAAGGAGGAGGUUUCGCUCUGUGUCUGAUGGCCUGAAAUAAGGAAAUGACUCAGCCAGGUAUAAUGAGGAAUUUAUCUCUUACAUAACGCUACGUUAUGUAAACAUAUUGAAUUAUUUUUAACGCCUCUUAUGCGGAUAUUCUACAGCAGAUGGCAGUGUGUUCCCAAAAAUCAUCUGUCUGAAGCCACCAACACAUUAAACUCCACUCCAAACUAAUAAGAUAUUCAUGCUUGUUUGCUUCAAGAUCAGUGGUUCACUGUUUUGCAUAUGAGUUAUAUAGGUGUUUGAGUGUGAUGUAUAUUUUCAGGUCGCAGGAAGCAUCUGAAAUGUUUUAUUUGUAUUUAAAUAAAAUAU